AUGUUUGAAUGGCAGAAGCAUAGUCAAGAUGCUACCAAUGUGCCACACUUCCAGGAUCAAUUAGACUUCAUGCAUCUUCGUGCACAAGCGUCUGAAACUUCUAGUUCAGAGAACAGAAAACCAUCAAAGGAUGAGUGGGUGGGUCCACCUAGUUCUCCCUCAGCUAUUGAAACCAAACUUGGUUGGAUUAUCGCUGGCGCAACCGACACCCAAAACACAGAAGUAAUGUCGCGCCAUACCGAAGCCACAUCAGAUGACAUCCUAAAGAGAUUUUGGGAAGUUGAAGAACCUCCCAAUCAAGUGGACUCAGUUUACUGGUCAAAAAAAAAAUGCAUGGUAGUUGAUCAUUUUCAAACUCAGCACAGUCAUUCCUCGAUUGAACGAUUUGUCAUUCCAUUGCCACGAAGAGUAAAUGCAUCCACUAUUGGAGAGUUCAGAUCCCAAGUAAUACGAAGGUUUGUGUACAUUGAAAGAUUGUUGUCAUCGAAGGGACUGUCUGGUCAGUUCAACGAUGUAAUACGUGAGUACUUUGAUAUGGGUCACGCUGAACCUGUUCUUGAAAGUGACUUUAAAAAAUCAGCAUAUCAAGUAUUCUACCUCCCAAUCCAGAUUGUACAAAGGGAUUCGAGUACAACCACCAAGAUCAGAGUGGUGUUUGACACAUUUGCUAAGUCAUCAACCAGGGUCUCACUGAAUGACACGUUACUUGUUGCCCCAAUGGUGCAUUCUCCACUAAUUGAUUUUUUGCUCAGGUUUCGUUCUCAUAGAGUUGCUUUGACAACAGAUGUCAGGCAAAUGUAUCGUGCUAUAGAGCUAACAGAGUCUGAUCGUGACUACCACAGGUUUGUGUGGCGAAGCCAUCCUAACGAGCCUAUCUGA